ACCCUGGAAGGGCUGAUAGGUUUGAAUGCUGCUUCUGAGACCCAAGCCCAAAAUCUAGGUGUAGCUGCAUAAAGAAGGCAGCAUCUGUGGCACAACUCAGCACAAACAUCUAAAAUGAAGAGCCCCCGAACUUUUGAGGAACAAACAGAAUGCAUCGUGGAGUUUCUACUCAAAGACUUCUUAGGAACCACGUCACAGGUUGCUAAACGGAACCUACAGUAUGAAGACGAAACAGAUUCAGGAGAGGCCUGCUCCUUUGACACGGCCAUCAUCGCUGGUCGCCUUCGGGUGUUGGGGGACCAGUUCAACGGGGAACUGGAAGCUUCUGUGCAACGCGUCAUUGAGGAAACCAGUCGGGGGCAGGCAGGGGCUAUACUUGAGGACACAGUAAAAUUUCUCAGCAAUGCCUGGCAUGCUCUGGAUCCCAGCUUAGCUUACGAGAGAGCCUUCCUGGCAGUGUCAGUGAAACUGCUUGAACAUGUGACCCGCAUGGCUCCCCAACUGGCAAGACAGGUGGCACUCUCCAUGACAAGUAUGAUCAGUGGGAAUGGUGCCAUCCGGGAGUUCGUCCAGAGCCAGGGAGGUUGGGAAAACCUGGAGAGCUGAAGAUGCGGAGCCGUUUCCCAGUCUGAGCAUCUCUUCUGCUUUGACUAAUCAUGUGAUUGAUUUCUGGUAAUUCCAACAGACAACCCAAUAAAAAGCCCUUUCUUUUGGACAAAACUGACCUUAGCUGAAUAAUUUAUUUUCUAUGGAUUGUUAAAGUUUGGAGCAGCUCCCAGAGGUCAGCAGAGAUUUUAUACUUUCUGUAUGUAUAAGUUUUAAUGAGAGUCUGUUGAAGCAAAGACCUCCAGGCACAAAGCAAUGACUAGUUAGUAGUGGAAUUCCAGGUAAUGGGACAGUCCUUUGCUGGAGAUAUUUUGGGGGGAAGGGCAUGCCCAGUAAACUAGUCCUUCAGAUUUAUCCCCGUGUUUGGUAAAGCUCUCAUCUACUAAUUUUUCAGUUUAAAAGAUUUCAGGGAGAUUUUUGGUUGGGAAAUCUUGUUAUUUUAAGUUGAGGACUUUCUUUUAAAUUCACAACCUAAAUUUCAUGUUAAUUUCACCUGAGCAGAAUUAUUGUAUGCAUUUUCAGGGUUAGAAUGAAAAAUAGCAGUUUGUUUAUCUGCCCUGCUACUAGAAAGACCAAAGAAACAUAAAACAGUCACUGCAUUUUUACUGCCACCAGAAGCAGGAAGUGCUGACCCACAUCUAGGACAGUAGGGCGAGCUCACCUUGGGUGAAGCUAGCUGCAUACCACAGUGUUUUUCAAAGUGUGAUUGCACAUGCCAUUUGUUGGCCUUAAAAAUGGCUGAUUUCCAGGCCCUGUCCCUAGAGGUUCUGAUUCUGUAGGGGUGGGCUAGGGCCUAGGAUCCUAACUUUUUAACCAGUUCCACAGGUGAUUCUAACAUACCUCCAGAGUUUGAGAACCAUCACUUUAGAACAGGGGUUGGCAAGUUGCUAAGAGAGGAGAUCUUUAAAGUUCUCACACACA